AUGGCCAUUCACUGGUCCCUCGACCAUCUCGAGAAGCUCCUCCCCAAGCGACUCUUCGCUAAGCUCUCAGAGAUUUCUUGCAAUCCCAACGUUCCCAUAGAAGCUGGUGGUAAUUACCCAAUCAUCAAUGCCGAGACCGGGGAUCUGCUUGCCGGCGUGCCGUACGCCAGGGGAUUCCGCGUUCCCAGGAGCAAAAUGCGCGCUUUGUGUGCUGAAGGAAUUGAUGUCCAGUACGGCAAGAACCUUACGGAUCUUGCGUUCAGCGAGAAGGGUGACCUUGUGUUCGCCUCGUUUAGCGACGGCACGAUCGCCCAAGGCUCUGUACUUCUUGGCGCCGAUGGCCCACGCUCGAAAGUUCGAGAAUUCGCCAUGUCUGGAGCAGAGGCAGCGCAAGUCAGCAAGUUUCCGAUCUGUCAUCACAAUAUGACUGUUUGCUAUCGAGAUGUGGAUAAGGCAAAGUAUCUGAGACAACGGUUUCCAACGAGCUAUUUGGCUCUGAGCCAGAAGUCGCACCACGCUUUUCAGUCGAUCUCUAGCAUGCCUGAUGGUCAAGACCAUCCAGAAACAUGGUUGUUUCAUCUCGCCAUGGCCUGGCUGGGUGACCCGGAGCACUCACUCAGCUACGAAGAGCGUCUUGCCAUCAUUAAGGAACGUGCACAAGGUAUGGGCGAGCCUGCUCGAUCAGCAUUCACGUGGAUCCCCGAGGACACCCUGGUCCACAAGGCAGACAUCAGCUAUUGGAUCACGCAACCGUGGGACAACCGUGGAGGUAGAGUCACCCUUGUAGGAGAUGCUGCGCAUCCCAUGCCACCCUAUCGUGGUCAAGGCCUCAACCACUGCAUCUGUGACAGUUCUCACCUCCUCGAUGGUCUUGAGCUCGUACGUGCCAACAAGGCAACCAUCAAGGAUGCCAUUACUGCCUACGAUGAAGAACUCGUCCCUCGCGGACGUGACGAGGUCAAAUGCUCGUUGGAGAACGGCCUCAUGCUGCAUGACUGGCAGAAGGUGAAGGAGAGCCCCGUAUUCAGGAACGGAUUCAGGCCUAUGACUGGUCACGACGGCAAGGAGGCUCUUAGUGAGCAUGCGCAGGCGCAGAUGAAGAGGGAUGAGGAGGAGCAGAGGGAUAUCCCUGUCGCUGCGACUUGA